AUGUGUCCUACCAAUGGAUCCGCCAAUGGCACUAGCAAUGGCUCCAGUAAUGAAGAAUGGCAACCUGCCGCUGCGACGGCUGUAGCCCAAAACUCGGCAAACGCACCAAUGGUGCAGAUGCUGCGCCAGAAGGAUACUGGCGGUGGUGCUCCCGAUCCCAGCCCGUUGGCUGUCCUUACUUCCAAGUACUGGGGCACCGCCAGCGUCCGUCUCACCGUCAGUUUCACGGACGGACCCGAGUCCGCUCUUCACGCUCGCAUUCUGAGCCACAUGAACGCCUGGGGCAUAUACUCGAACGUUGAAUUUGUCCAGGUCGCUUCUGGAGGCCAGGUUCGUAUUGCUCGCAAGAAGAACGAUGGGUACUGGUCCUUUCUUGGAACAGAUAUCCUGCACAUCCCUAAGAAUCAGCCUACCAUGAACCUCGACUCUUUCACCAUGGAAACGCGCGACUCUGAAUUCUAUCGUGUAAUCCGUCAUGAGACGGGCCACACUUUGGGAUUUCCUCACGAACACAUGACUAGUGGCAUCGUCAGCCGUAUUGAUCGUGAAAAGGCUUUUGUUUAUUUCUGGGAGACUCAACGGUGGGACCGGGAGGAAACGACCGCUCAAGUGCUAACUCCGCUGAAAAACUCAGCCUUAAUUGCAACGGAGGUCCCAGACCCAACCUCGAUCAUGUGCUAUGACCUUCCGGCCAAGAUCAUGAAAGACAACAUUGCUGUUCCGGGAGGCAACGACAUCAACGAGAUCGAUGGGAAGUUCGCCGCGUUUCUCUACCCAAAAUUUGCCAGUUGGCAGCUCAUCGACAACAAUGUCCAGACCGCUUCAAUCGUUGUUGAUGACGCCGAUCUUUACCAGCUUCACAAGUCUGGUUGGGUGUGGAAAUACACCGGUACUCCGAUGACGGGAUGGCAGGCUUUGGACAACAAGUCAGCUACGAAGAAAAUUGCCGCGGCAAAUGGGAAGCUCUACCAACUUCACAAGGACGGCAAGAUCUGGAAGUACACUGGCACUCCAAUGACUGGUUGGCAGAUGAUCGACAACAAUACUGCCACUGUCGAGAUUAUCGCCGGCGGUGGUGACCUCUACCAGCUUCAUAACAAUGGUCGUAUCUGGAAGUAUACCGGAACUCCUCUCACUGGAUGGCAGGAGCUUGAUAAUAACCCGGCGACAAAGAAAGUCGUAGCUGCAGGUGGUAACCUCUACCAGCUUCAUAAGACAGGCUUGAUCUGGAAGUAUACAGGAGUCCCGCUGACAGGAUGGCAAAAGGUGGAUGAGAAUACUGCCACCGUGAACAUCGCUGCUCGAGGUAAUGACCUCUAUCAGCUUCAUGACUCGGGCAAGAUUUGGAGGUACACGGGUACUCCUAUCACGGGAUGGCAGAUGCUAGAUGAUAAUUCUGCCACCAAGGAUAUUGUGGUUGGAGCAGGUGGGAUCUAUCAGAUUCACAAGGCGGGGUCGAUUUGGCGUUAUGUCGGUCCUGCGAUGAUACGAUGGAAACAGCUCGAUGGCAACGCCGCUUCCGUCUCUAUUGCUGCUGGUACUGUUCUCUAUCAGCUUCAUAGCUCUGGUCUUAUUUGGCGUUACAUGGGAUGA